UUCGGUGUGGUGUUGCGGUGAUUUUGAGGGACCAGCUAAAGAGAGGAGAGAGAGGAAGAGAGAGAGAGAGAGAGAGAGAGAAAGAGAGAGAAAGGGGGGAGAGAGAGAGAGAAAGAGAGAGAGAGAGUAAGCUCUUACGCUCGCAUGCGCUUAUCGAGGGUGCGAGAGAAGAGAGCCCGGGUUCCCUUUGAAAGACGAUCGUCGUCGUAUCGCGGUUUCGGAGCGAACACGUAGAUUUGCCGUAAAUCUGCGGUAGAUACGCGUCCGACACGGUGCGAAAUAACUGAUUAAAUCGACCGUGCAUCGAGAGGAGAUCACGUCGCCGCAUCGAGCCGUCAGGGUCGUCCGCCGUCGACGACCGUGCUGGAUAGGGUACGGAAGAAGAGUGCCGACAUGUCGGCGUUGAACGCCGCGCUUUGUAGACGCGGAAUAAUCCUCUGGCUGGCCGUCGUCCUACUGCUUGCGUCACGAUCCACGCAUUCUGCACCGGUAUACGACCAGGAUACCACACAGAUCGCAGAGUACGAUGGAGCCAUCCCUGGAUGUUAUUUUAACUACCAGCGGUAUCAAGAAGGCGAUAGGAUCAUGACGAGUGAACCAUGUCUAAACUGCACGUGUCACAACCGAAUGUUGAUGUGCUACUUGAAGGUCUGUCCCUUCACAAAAGCGAUCGGUCAGGAUUGCACGGUGGAGAAACGUCCGGAUCAAUGUUGUCCCGUGAUCACCUGUCCGGAAGUACCAGUUCAACUAUUGACAUCAACAACAAGUGCACCGGAUUCCACAGAAGUCGGAUUCCAUGACAAUUAUGGCUGCCAUGUCGACGAGAGGUUUUAUGCAGACGGCGCUAUGCUGCCGUUGGAUCAUCACAAUCCUUGUGAGCUUUGCUAUUGCAUCAGAAAUAGAACCACUUGCGUUAUGCAAGAGUGUACUUUACAAGUGGCUGGAUGUAAACCUGUCUAUCAACCGGGUGUAUGUUGUCCGAUCAAGUACAAUUGUGAAUACGAUGAGGAAUCUAGCACUACGGUUGGUCCAACUCCUGGCCUCAUCAUGACCACAACGCUACCUCCUGGCAUGUUACCUCAAUGUUAUUACGAAGGUAAAAUCUAUGAAGACGGUGAUCUGAUUUAUUCUACUCAGCCUUGCCAGCAUUGUUAUUGCUUCCGAGGCGAGAUCGCUUGCGCUGUCCAAAAUUGUGGAACACCGAUGCAAGAGCAUGGAAAGAAUUGCACGGCCUUACCGCCACCAGAAGGAGAAUGUUGUCCAACCAUAUACGAGUGUGAAGAAGGAAUCACUACGGUACGAGAUGAAGGUCAGGAAGAACAGUUUUCGGAACAAGUACCACAGCAAAUGACUGAAUCAUCCACACUGAUUGACCAGGAAGAUCAACAAAUGAAGGGCGAACCUCAGGAAGAAAUAUUCCCAGGUAUCGACAAUACUAUAUCUUAUGCUCAGGAAGAAGAAGAUAAAACUGUUGAAGGAACUAUCGAACACAUUACCCAGGGACACAUUCCGUCUACCGAAAAACCUGAAGAAGAAACCGCAACACUACCGACAGAAAAGAUAGAAACUACUACUGCUGAGAAAGAAAUUACUCUUUCUCACGAACAUGUUACCGAAACUUCUCUUGAUAUAACAUCGAAAAAGGUAGAGGAAGUGCCCUCUGAAAUAGAAGCAACAAAGCCAGGAGCACCUACGACAGUACAAGGAACUGAAGAAGGUUUAGUUACUGAAACACCUGCCACUGAAUUACCGGAAGUUUCGUCUAUCGCAGAAGGCUUGCAACCUGAAGAGGAGUUGUUAACAACAGAACCUAAAGAACAUGUAAGCACAGAAGAGAAUAUAAUAGAAGAGGAACAUAGUACUCCUGCAGUCGCUGAAAAGGGACAAUCGGUCGAACCUACCAUUAGCGAAACAACCGAAGUUCCAAUAAAAGAAGAACAGACUACUAGUCCGCACGAAGAAUUGUCAACGCAGCAAAUACAAGAAGAGAUAACACAAGAAGGACAAAUUGGUUCAGAAAAACCAGAGAGUUCAACUGAAAUCAUUGAGAAAACAACAUUGCCAAUUGAAGAACCUGGUACCAGCACUGUUUCUGAAUCUGUUAGCGAACAGCCAAAGACAAGUGAAGGUAAACUAGAAACUAUGCCAGGUGUACUUUUAGCAACAGAAACGGAAUCACCGAAAGAAGAAGAAACUGUGACUUUUGCUCACGAGGUAUCUAGUACUGAACAAAUCACUACUGAGAGAGAAGUGUCGCAUCCGACGGAAACUGCUGUUACGGAACAGUCAAGUGAAGUAAGUGGUCCUUCUAAAGAACAACCUGCCGAAGAACAAAAACCAGUGAUAAGCGAAGGUGAAAAGGAAGAACGACCGAAAGAAACAACAUCCGAACACCCAAUAAUUGAAGAACAAGCUACUCUUGGCGCUAAGAAAGAAGAUGCUGGCUUGACUGAAAGCUCAAUGAUUAGUGAAGAACCUUUCAUCACGAAAGUGCCACAUGCAGAGGAAGAAUCAACUCCGGAAAUUCCAGCUCAAGGUCCAACUGGUAUACCGAUUCCCGAACGAAGUCCAGAACAGAAGGCAGAAGACGAAAGCGUAUAUCAUGUGACAGAAGACUAUCACGGUGUCACUCAUCCGAAAAUUAGUCCUGAUAAUCUCAUGACUGAAAUUCCGCAGAAAAUACCUAUAACGGAUCUACCACGGGAACAAGAAACCACGCGAGCUCCAGCAGAAGAAACUGCAAAACCAAUUGCGACGGAAGGUAUUGAAGUAUCAGUGGAAGGAACGACGAAACCAAUAGAAGAAGCUACGGAAAUAAACUUACCAACUGAAAGUAAACCUGAAAUCACUACAGUUUCUGAAGAAACACAAAGCACACCUGCUCUCACCGAAGUUCAAAUUAGUACAGAAUCUUCUACAGCCACUAUUGCUCCAAGAAUACCAGAAGAAGAAGCACCUGAAAAAUCUAUCGUGUUAGAGGAAGUAAGUAAAGUGCCACAAAUAGAAAUACAGUUAACGGAAAAGUCUCCCAGUAGUGAAGAAAUACCCACGAAAGGACUUGAAGAAUCUGGUGAAAGUAUUUCCGAGGAAAUCAGUGGUGAAAAAGAAGUGCAACCAAAGAAAGAAGAAGAAAUAGAAAAGCAACAUCCAAUCAUAACAGAAAUAGCUCCCGAAAUAUCCACAACUGUUCCACCGGAACAUUCAACAGUGUCUUCGGAUCUUGAGAAAGAACAUGCAACAGAAAGUGAAUAUGCUACUACCGUAAUUUCCUCUACUGAGCAAUCAACGCACGUGUCACAAGUCGAAGAGAAAGAAACUGAAAUAGUUCCUAUUGAAAAAGAAGAAUCAAUUACUGAAAAACCAAUUGAAGAACCUGUUACGGAACAUCCGAUUACAACACCAGGCAUAAUUAGCGAAAAAGAAAAAGAAUUACAAACUGAAGAAUCUAUUUUGAAAGAGGAGCAAACUACGGAAGCGAUAAAAAUAAUGGAAACAGAAAAAGAGUACACAACGCAAGUUUCCGCUGUUGAAGAAGGAAUAACUGCGCAACCCGAACAAUAUUCUACAAAGAAAACUUUAGAAGAAGUUACUGUUACGGAAAGUCAUGGUCCAGAAGAAACAAAAGGCGUGUCAACAGAAAGUGCUGAACAACAAACUGCUGCAGUAACAGAAAAGGAACCAACCGAGGAAAAUGUGGAAUUGAAACCAACGGAAAUUACCGACAUCGGACAAACAGAAUUGCCCGUUGAACAUCCUACUGAAGCAAGCGAAAGUAAAAAAGAAGGUGAAGAAAAGAUUUCUGUGCCUAUAUCCACGGAAGAAAUACAAACAAAAAUUCCUGAAGUUGAAACUAAAGCCACUGAGAUAACGACAGAACCAGAAAAGAAGCAAACUGAGACUUCCGUCAGCGGAGUAUCAAGUCAGCCUCCUAUUCUUUCAGAUCGCAAAGAAGAUCAGGGACUUAUUGAGCCAGAACUAAACGAAGAGCAAUUAACACAGAAACCAGAAAAAGAAAUAACUGAAGCAUAUGAAGAACCACAAAAACCGACAAUUCUUCCUGAAGAAGAAACGCCUCAUAUUCCAUCUUCGGAAGGUACUAUUACCGAAUCUGUUCUGUCGGAAGAAAAACUGGCUGCGGGUAGUACAACGGAAUCUGUUGUUGGCGAAGCUAUUACGCCAGAAAUAUCCAGUGAACAACCGGAAGAAGUCACAACUGAAUCAUCCGGACAGGAAGAACAGACUCAAGGGCUAGUCACUGAGAAACAACCGGAAGUUCAAGAAAAAACAGAGACUGAAACAUCCAGUCCUGCAACUCACGAGGAGUCUUCCAUAACUCCGGAAGUUUCUAAAAAACCAGUUGAAGACGUAGAUGUUAGUAAGACAACCGAAACCGCGGAAAGUACGACGAUACCAGUAUUAAUUUCUGAAACAUCAACUGGAUUGCCUGGAUUUGAAGAAUCUACAAAACACAAAAUUUCUGUCGAGGAAGAAGUUACAUUUGCAACAGAAUCUGUACCUUCGGAAAAAGAACAGCCAGAAAUACAAGAGCAAGUCACGCAACCAUCACUAAAGGAAGAAAUGCCAAUUAAGGAAAAAGGUGAAACGGAAAGUCCAGCUGAAAUAUCUACAGAAAAAGGUAUAAUUACUGAAACACCUCAAGAAUCAAUUACCGAGGAACAACCACUAAAGUCUGAAGAAGAAAUUAUUCAAAAAAUGAUUACGGAGAUACCGGAGCAUGAAGAAAAAGAGAUAUAUUCAACGCCUAUUCCGAAAGAAACAACUCAAUAUACAACAAGCAUUCCAGAAGAAACUUCUGUAGAAGCAGAAAGUACAACAGAGUUUGCACCUCGUCCGUUGGGUAUUCCAGGAGAAGGUAAUUGUCUUGUUGAAGGACAAUCUUAUAGCAACAAUUCAGCCGUUCCACCGGCAAACGCAUGUCAGAUCAGUUGUCGUUGUAUUAGCAGUAUUGUACAAUGUGAACUCGUGCAAUGUCCUGCUCCGCCAAUGCAUCUAUCGAAUUGCAUGCCAGUUCACACAAAUGGAGAAUCUUGUUGUCCAAUGUAUGCUUGUGAUUCCACACCGACUGUUGAAUUGGAAUCCGAUAGUCAUGUUAUCGAACCUCAUGUUUCUGAAGGCGAAGAAGAAAUCCAGAAAACUGUUUUGCCUACGGAAAUACCAAAAGAAGCUACGACAGAGUCGAGUACAUUAGCUGGUGAGAUUAGUACUUUGAAGUCACGACCUGUAGAAAGUACUGUUCCUUCUGUUAUACCUGAAGAAGAAAUAGUAACUGAGAAGCAGCAGACCACUCUCAAACCUAUUGAAAUGGUUUAUGAACAGCCUACUACUCGACAACCUAUCGAGCAAUAUCCUGAGGAACAUACUAUUAGUUCGGUGAUGCCUGAGACAUCAAAAGAGUCCACCAGUCAAAUACCUGAAAAACAUACUGUAUCAUCAAUUAUACCAGGAGAAACUACUGAAAGCAAAAUUAGCGAAGAAGGUAUAACAGAAUCAUCAGGUUUGACUGAGCAACAGCAGGAGCAAGCUGGAGAGAAACAGAUUCCUAUUAGUGGCGAAGCAAUUACUUCCACGCAGGUACCUACAGAACAGGAAUCUCAUGGCACUGAAGAACUUGUUACGGUUCCUAGUAUAACAAAAGAAAAAGAGACUUCUGCUCCUGUCGAAGUAGAAGAAAGUUCAAUACCUGUUGAGAAAGAGCAAGAAGUUACGACCACAGCAACUAGUAAAGAAGAAACUAUUACGCCAACCAAAGAACAGGAGAAACCCACUGAAGAAGAAAGUAUCGAAGAACAAUCUACAUUUAAACCAAGUGAAAAAGAACAACCAGAAGAAGAACAAGUUUCAUUAAAGCCAAUUUCUGAAGAACCUGUUGUCGAAGAACAGGAAACAUCUACGAAAUCGGAAGAAAUUCUGACAGAGAAACCAGGCAUUCAAGAGGAACAAAGUACUUUAAUUUCUGAAAUACAGCCAACGACUGAGCAUAAACCCGAGAGUGAAACUGAAAAGGAAAAAGAGCACGAGACAGUUACAUUAACUGAAACUGCUCAAACCGAGGAACCAGAAACAAAAUUGUCUGGCACUUCUCCAAGCGAAAUUGAGACACAGGAACCAAUUACACCUGCUGCUCCAAGCGAAAUUGAAACGCAGGAGCCAAUUACACCUACUGCUGAGUCGACGACAUUGAUACAUGAUCAUACAGUAAGUGAGGAGGCAUCAACAGAGGAAUAUACAUCUAUAAAAUCUGUAGAAACUCCUACGGAAGAAAGUACAAAGACGGAAUCAAGAAUUUCAACUCAAGCUCCUGUAACUGAAGAAGAACACGUUACUGUUACUACCUUGCCUAUUGAAACGGAAACGCCUAUCGAAGUCACUACUAAACUAGUCGAAGAAUCUACUCCUGAAGUUUCCCAUGAAGAAACAUUGCCUAAAACAACAGAAAGCGCAAUAGAAAAGGAAAUUACAGAAUAUCCUGAAAAACAUACAGAACCAUCAAUCAUAGAGCACGAAGAAGAAUCGUCAGUUACAAAAUUGCCCGAAGAAAAGCCAUCGGAAACUGAAUUUCCAGUCAUUAGCGAGGAACCAGUGAAAACUGAACCUACUGAAGCAGAACACGAAAAGCCUACUGAAACUAGCGUCGCUCAAGAAUCAGAAAGUACACGAAUCCCCGUUGAGGAGCAUUCAGAAGCUACAACCGAAAUUGAAUCUCAUACGCCUGAAUUACCUACAGAAGAGCAUGAAAUAACGACGACAUCUGCAUCUGCAGAAGAAAAAGGUGAACAACCUACUACACCGGCCAUAAAAGAAACAAGUUUGAGUGAAACGGAAACUAAACAACCCAUUUCGGAAUCCGAAACACCGGUUGUAGAAGAGGAACACGUCACCAUUCCGGUUGUAGAACAAACUUCAAAACCUGAAUAUCCCAUCAAGGAACAAACUGUUACUUCUCCUAGUGAAGAAAAUAUAACGGAAGGCGUUUCAACAGAAGUUAUACCAGUAACGAGUCAACAGACAACCGAAAAGACAAUAGAAACUGUUAAACCAGAAACGCAAUUGCCUGAUUUAGCGGAAGAACAUACUGUUAUUCCUGAAAUUUAUAAAAAAGAUGAAGAACAGAGACCUGAAGUCGGAAUAACGGAAGAACCUAGUAAAGAAGAGCCAACUACGGUUCCAGAAUUAAUGGAUAAAGAAACGGAAGAAGCUGUUAAAGAGGAAGCUGUAACACCUAGUACUACAGAGGAACAUACCAAACAAGAGGAAAUUGAACUAGUUGUAAAAAUUCAAGAACCGAUGGAAACAACAAUUAUUCCAGAAGAACAGAAGCUGGAAGAAGGAGAAGGUUAUGUUACCGAAGCUGGUUUACCAGGCCAUCCAGUAAGUGAAGAAGCGACAACUGUGACAAGUUUGGCACCUGAAGAAUAUUCAAUUGAACCAGUAAAAACGGAAGAACAGAGCACCUAUGAACCUGAAUAUCAUACAACAUUAUCUACCAUACAAGAAGUAUCGCAGCCAGCGACCGAAAUUAGUGAAAAACUUUCACCCGAAGAAGAAACUGUUGAAAGUACGGAGAAGCCAGAAGAACCUGUCACAAAACUCGAAGUGAGUUCAACCGAAAAGCCUGAGGAAGUUCCAUCUGAAAUGGAAAAGCCAGUUGAACCCGAACAAGGAACAGAGUCACCCGAACAAGGUGAAACUACUACAAAAGCAAUUGAAAGUACAGUGACCAAAGAAAUAUUACCGGAAGAAGUGGUUUCAGUAGAAGUGACUUCAAAAGUUGAAGAGAAACCGACAGAAGUUUCUACAGCAGGAGAAGAAGAGGAAGUAUAUACUACUCAAUCCAUAGAAGUUACUUCUGUUCAAAAGGAAGCACAACCGUCGAUAACUAUAUUACAGCCUACUGAAAGGCCUCUUCCUUCUGAGGAAGAAACUUCUGUUGGAGAAAUUCAGCCUAGCCAACCUGAAGAAAUCGAAGAGGCUCAUCCAACUGUAUUCGAAGAAGGUCAUCCGGGUAUGACCAAAGAACCUCUGUUUACUACAGAACAUGUGCCUGAAGCACCUAUUACGACAAAAACAGAAGAGCAUCCGGAAAUAGAAGAACCGGAAACUAUUGUGACCGAAGGUCCAAUCAAGGUUUCUAGCGUGAAACCAACUGAGUUGCCUGAAGAAACAACUACCGUCGGACCAGUAGUUUCAUCAGAAGAAUCAGAAUCUCAAAUUCCGAUAAAAUCUGAAGAAAUUCCGCAACCGGAAAAGCCGGUCGAAGAACCUGUCAUAAAGACACAGCCGAUACCCACGGAAUUACCAACUGGAGAAAUUACGGAAGAGAUACCCGAGGAAGAACCCAUUCAUCCGCAAGAAGGUGAAGAGCAAACUCACAUUGAUCACUUCCCGGAGGCUACUGUGAAACCAGAAACUGAUUAUGGUUUCCACGAACAACGGCCGGCGACCACGGCUCCUCAUAUUCCAGAAUAUCCUGAUCAAAGCGGAAUAUCAGGGGAAGAUUCUCACUUCCCCAUGUCCGGUGGCUAUCCGAAUCCCGACGACGACUAUGGCGAGGACGACUAUGGAGGACCGGGUACUUGCCGAUACGGCGGCAAGGUUUACGUUUCGGCACAACAGAUACCGAGAGACGACCCGUGCGACUUCUGUUUCUGCUUCAGGAGUGACAUUAUUUGUCUCCAACAAAGUUGUCCACCGCCUAUUCCCGGCUGCCACGAAGAACCAAUCAGCGGCUUCUGCUGCCCCAGGUACGAGUGUCCCGUAUCAAUGGCUACGGCUCUCAACUUGACUACCACCACUACUACAACCACGACCACGUUACCACCGCACUUCCCCGCGCACGCUUACAAGGGAGCCGCGAGACGAAGUGGUUGUCAACUCAGUGGCCAUGCCUACCGAGUGGGAGAAGUCAUUAAGUCAGCGUCUAAUCCUUGCCUUCGCUGCAUUUGCGGAAAUGACGGUAAAAUGAAAUGCGAUCCGCAAGUAUGCAGUCCGGAACCGAUGUUGAGGCAAAUGAUAGCUGCGACAGAUGCCAAAAGAAGGAGAUGAGCCGCCGAGUUGGAUGGAGGAAUUCAUCUUUACAAAAAAGCAUAUACAAGGGCGA